AUGGCGGGGAGAACGCCUUCAAACUCGAGUCCUUUCUCCCCCGAACUCCAGACGUUUGUCGUCACCAAGUAUGACCCUCUGUUGGCUAUUGUACGCGAGCUAAAUGCAAGACUACAAGCUGCUGAAAAAGAGAGGAUGCGGCUUGAGCGGAGGGUGCAGCGCCUGGAGCAUCAGGUAGUGUCGCUGACGGAUGCAUUUGAAAAGGGGGCAAGCUUAAAAGAUGUGCCGGACCUCGAAACCGAGGCCCACACGGGUAGACACGCUGUGCAAGAGUUGCUCGAGUCAGAGGAGGCGCUCGCUGCGCCUUGGCUCUUUUCGUGCCAGAUCGGCACACCGACUUCCGCUUUGCAAGUUCUGUUGGAGUUCUCGCCGGAUUCCACAGUGGAAGUGGACUGUAAAAUGUGGAAACGAGAGGAGGACCUGUGGAUUUGUCUUUUGGAGGAACUUCCGGAUGAAUUCGCUUUCCGGCGCCCCGAUUCUCUUCAGCUGCUAGACCUCAGAAGAGCAGCUCGUCGUGCUUUGCUGGAGUUAUGCCGGGGGGAAGCAUUUAUUCUUGUACGGAAUGUGCCGGGGCGUCGGGAGGCGCCGAAUUGCCCGACUGCCAUUACUCUUGUUGCUAUCCUUGCUGCCGCUCUAUCCGAAGCUUGGAACCGGGUGGAGGCGGGAGAACCGGAGGCGCUGGGCCGUGUUGCUUUGGUGCUAGAUGGGAACGACAUCGGGUCCAGACUUAGGGCGGGGAGAAAGCGGUUCCGCAUAGAGCCACUGAACUAA